AUGGGGCGCAAGCGACAGGCACCUCAAGAUGCGCGUGCAGGCAUCCAACGUGAACUUCGGGAAGCUGGCGCGGGGCUUGCUGCAUCGGGCCUCCGAGGGCAUGAGCACAGACGUCGAUGCGUGCGGGGAUGUGUCGGUGACCUGACCUCCGUUUACCUCGUCAGCUCAGCAGGUUGUAUAGGAUGCAACGCGCUGAAGGCGGUGGGCUUGGCGAACGCCUUCGCGCGGCUGGACGACCCGCCCACCAGCGGGCUGGCGGUGGUGCCGGCGCUCGUCGAUGCUUCAGACCCCGACGUUGAGGCCCCCGACGGGGACUUCCUGAGGCUGGUCCGCCUGUCCGUGCUGCCCCUCCCCGCGCCGCUCUCCGCGUCCUCCUCGGCGGGCUGCCCGGAGCAGGACUACGCCCGCGGCGGCCUCUACGUGCCCGCGGCGCGCGCCGGCGCCUUCCGCGCCGCCGACAGGGAGCGUGUCGCCGCCUCGGGGCCGCAGGGCUCGCGCGGCCGCGCCAUGGCGGAGGUCUACCUGCCUCAGCACGCGCAGACGCCCACGGAGCUGGCCAGGGUGGCGCUCGGUCGCUGGCUGCGCUGGCGCCGCGAGGACGCCCGGGGCGGCCAGAACGCGGGCCCGCCAUUCCUGCUGACCCGAGGCCCGGAGGCGCUGGGGCGCGCUGCGCGCGCGCUGGCGAUAGCCUGCGAGCGCGCGCUCGACCGAGGCCUCGAGCCGCUGGCCGUGGAGCCGCGCCUCUGGGAGCGGCCGCCGCGGCCAGCGCCGGGCGGCGGCGCCGCCACCGCCCAGGGCUCCCGCCUCCUGGUGCUGCGCCUCGUGCCGGCCCCGCCUCGGCCGGGGUCCGCGGCGUAG